AUGGGCGGCGGGCUCAGUCCUCCGCCAGACCUCCUGGCAGAAUGGGUGACUAAUCGGGAGCGGUUCCCGUAUGGCGAGCGGCGCGGGCCCUUCAUGAUCAUUUUGAUGUUCGUGUUAUUGGCCGCGACGCUGGCCGUUGUGGGUGCGAGGCUCUGGGCGCGCUGCAGGAUCAGACGCAAUGCUGGGCUGGAUGAUUGGUUGAUCGUGGCAGCUAUUCCUAUCCUGCUCGGUUACGAUGCUUGUCACUAUUUGGGCUUCUACUACUAUGGCGUCGACCGCCACGCCUGGGAGGUGACAAUCGCGCAAGCCGUCAACGUGCGCAUCGUCACAUGGGCCAUCGCCUGCGGCUACAUGCUCAUCACCUCGCUGGUCAAGAUCUCCAUCCUAAUGUUUUACCGCCGCCUGAGCGAAGGCAGCGUCACGAUGUCGUGGAUCUACAUCGUGCGCGGCUUCAUCGUCUUUGUCGUCCUUUACUGCAUCAUCUUCACGCUCAUGCUCUUCGUCGAUUGCCGCCCCCUCAACUCCUUCUGGAAUAAGAUGAAUCCGGUAUGGGCAGCGACACACGAACACGUCUGCUUCAAUGAAGGUGCCGACUUCAUCGCCUCGGCAGUCGUCAGCGUCGUCACCGACGCCGCCGUGUGCAUCCUCCCGCUGCUCGUCGUCCGGCGCCUGCGCAUGCCGAGGAAGCAGAAGUGGGCGCUGAGCGCGUUGUUUGGCGUUGGGUUCUUUCUUUGCUUCUGCGGUAUCAUGCGCGUCGCAUACAUGUACGAAAUCUACUACGCCACCUACGACACCACUUGGGAGGCCUCGUACGUCUGGUCGUGGACCCUCGCUGAGACGCACUUCGCCAUAAUUUGCGCAUCUGCGCCUGCGCUGAAGCUCUUCUUCGGCCGCCUGCUUCAGGGCUCGUCUGCUCAGCCGGACAGCUACACCUCACGCCAACGCCACGAGUACAACAACUUUGGGAGCGACGAGCUCGGUGCGGCUGGCUCGGGGGUGCAUGUCAAAAGUGGUGGUGGUAGCGAGGAAGGAAUUUAUAUGGCAGAUAUGCUGGCGUUUAAGGAGGCCAGGUCGAAGGCAGAGAAGGAGGGAAAGGAGUUACCGUUGUUUGAGACGGUGGCGGAGAGGAGUGGAAGCGAGUCGCCCGUUUCGAUUACCGUCGAUGUUAGACAUGGGGUGGGGUUGUCUGCUGUGAAUGAUACGAGUAGAACGUUGAGUGAAAACGAUGCGCAGAUUAUGGAAGAGCAGUCCACCAAGAGCAUUGGAAGAAGUAGGGGGAGUACCGACAGCAUACUGGGUGGGAGAUAA